CUUGAUGUUGUCCACAGUCAUGCUGCUAAAAAUGUUCUAGAUGGUUUAAACCAAUUGGAUGGCACUGAUUCCUGCUUCUUCCAUUCUGGACAUAGGGGUGUUCACAAUUUGUGGGACAGUAGACUUUUUGAUUAUAAAAAUUGGGAGGUAUUGCGGUUUUUAUUAUCUAACCUACGUUGGUGGAUGGAGGAGUACAAGUUUGAUGGUUAUAGGUUUGAUGGUGUAACCUCAAUGCUUUACCAUCAUCAUGGCAUAGCAUCAAGUUUCAGUGGUUCCUAUGAAGAAUACUUUGGUCUUGGAACAGACACAGAGGCACUAGUCUACAUGAUGUUAGCCAAUCACAUGCUGCAUCAGUUCUACCCAGAAUGCAUCACUAUUGCGGAGGAUGUCUCUGGGAUGCCAGCACUGUGCAGGCCUGUAGUGGAGGGUGGUGGGGGAUUUGAUUACCGUCUCGCCAUGAGCAUUCCAGACAAGUGGAUCAAGCUAUUAAAAGAGGUGAAAGACGAAGAUUGGAAUGUGGGUGACAUCAUAUGGACCCUUAUCAAUCGCAGGCAUGGUGAGAAAAGCAUUGCCUACUCCGAGAGCCAUGACCAAGCUUUAGUAGGCGACAAAACCUUAGCCUUCUGGCUGAUGGACAAAGAAAUGUACACAAACAUGUCAAAGAUGACAGAAUUAACCUCAGUCAUUGAUCGUGGAAUGGCACUGCACAAAAUCAUCCGACUAAUCACACACGCACUUGGAGGAGAGGGAUGGCUCAAUUUUAUAGGUAAUGAGUUUGGACAUCCUGAGUGGCUUGACUUCCCAAGACCAGGUAACGGUAACAGCUACCACUAUGCCAGACGACAGUGGAAUGUUGUUGAUGAUUCCAACCUUAGGUACAUGUUCUUAAAUGACUUUGAUGCUACUAUGAAUAUGCUGGAGGAGAGGUUUCACUGGCUGUCCAGCCCACAG